GCGGCUUGUGUGUUUUGUUUGUUAUUUUUUCUCUGUGUCCUACUGUUGUGGCACACCAUCAUCAUGACCGUUUGCUUUGGUUUUACAAUCUUACGGCCUGUAACAGCGCUGUAAAGCUAGAAAGUAGUGUAUCGUUUUAGCUAAAGAGUGAUUCUGCAUGCCCCCCCACAUCAGCAUGUGAUGAGUGAUUCGGAUGAAACAGACGUGCUGCUGCUGAUACCGCCCGAUUUCUUCAACUGCGAAUCGCCCAUCACACCGACGCCUCGAACCCCAGCCAACUGUUCCUGGGACCUGGGCGUCGAUUGCCUGUCCUAUGCAUCCUUUGCACAGCGAAGCGGCGGGUCCACGAUGGCAGGGAUAGGCAACUACUCGCUGGCUGCCGAGCGAACCGAGCAGUAUGUGGCUUCCACUCCGUUCAAGCACCACGGGCACCACCAGAACCACCACCAGAACCACCACCAAGAACCUGUGAAGGAACAGUACAUACUGCACGAAAUAGAUCGGUUUCUGCAGGAAGAUGAGCCACAUAAAUCACAGCAAAGGCAACAGCCACAGCAUGCGUACCAGCACAACGGAGCAGCUACGACCCACAGUCCGGAAGAAUCUCUGAUUGAUCUCAACAGUCUCUCCCUGCAAGAGUAUCCAUCGCUUACGCGGAACGAUUUCAACGGGCUCACGAAACCGGGCUCCUCCGGAUGUGGUCCCGUCCCUCAGAAACCGCCCCGAAACGUGCCCGCCAGUGGUGCUGGUGGAAUGGUAAGCAAAUCAUGUGGGAAAAACGGUCAGCCACUGUUAAACCUGAGCGACAUUUGGCAAACGAACGGUACGAACGGUGGCCAGCCCGACUACGCAAAGGUACUGCAGGAAGAGCGACUGCGAAGGCAGCACUGCGAGCGCAACAUUCAAUCGCUGCACAUGAAGCUGCUCGAGUAUGAGGAGAAAAUCUCCGUCGCCCUGUCGGUGGACAAGGAAAAGGUGUCGAUCAUCGACAAGCUGGAGCAGGAAACGUCCCGCCUGACCGGCAAGCUGCGGGACAUGGAGCUGAAGCACAUCGAUGCGCACGAGAAGAUGAUGGCGGAGAAUUUAGAGUUUAAAAACAAGAACCUCUUCCUCGAAAAGGAGCUGGCAGAAACGCUCACGCUGGUACGCAAGCUGGAAGAUAAGAAGGAUAAUCUGGAGAUAAAGGUGGAGAAUCUCGUGUCCGCUAGCCGAGACGCUGGAGAGGUGCAUCGACAGCAGCUGGACGAUCUGCAAGUACGGUUGGCAAAUAGUCGCGACAACGAACGGCAGCUAAGAGAGCAGCUAGGAAAGCAGCGAAAAGCGAACGAGCAGCUCGGUUCGGAACUGGCGGCGGAAAAGCAAAAGCUUGCCGAUGGCGUACGGCUGCGGGCGGACUUUUGUGCGCUCAAGACCAAGACGGACGCGCUGGGGAAGAGAUUUGCGGACGUGACGCGGGAGAAUGAAACGUUGCAGGAUCAGCUGAAGCACGUAAAGGAACAGAACGCAAUGCUGCAAGAAGAAUCGAAAAAGUUACUUAAAGAGCUGGAAUUGCAACGACUCACGCUGAAAAAGUACUACCAAUCGCAGCUCGAGGAUGUCGUGUCGGACAAGCUGAAGGAAUUCCAGAAGCAGCUCGCUUCCGUCGAAGAAGAGCUAAAGGAGGAAUCGCGUACCCGCGAACGAACGCUUACCGAUCGAGCGAAGCGUCAAAUCGAACUAAUCGACCAGAAACGGGAGCAAGAGAUUGAGCUGCUCACCGAACGGUGCAACGAGCAGGAGUCACUGUACCGCCUGCAGCUAGCAAAUUCCGCCCAGCGGAUACACGAGCUGGAGGAGGAGCUGCGCACGAUACGCUGUGGCCGGGCCGACAUUGCCGUGCAGGUGCACUCGAUCAUGGAAAACCAGUGGAAGCAAACGCGCGAUCUUUUGAUGAGUACGGGCAGACAGAUCGGCAGUACCGGCAACCACUGCACACUGCUCGAGCAGGAGGCGGGAAAGACGACUAGCGCCAAAUUCAAUCGUCUUACCCUCGAACACCUAGACAAAGAUCGUUUGGAUGGAGUUCGCUCGUUAAAACACUCCCUUUUAACCGAUGAAAAUGAUUCCCUCCAGACAUCGGGCGGUGGAAAAGGGGAUGCCGAUAAUUGGAGAAAACCAACGGAAUCGACCGUUGGCAGUAUCCCCAAGGAGCAGCUGCACAACUACAUCGAACUGUUGCUACAAACGUCGCCGAACGAUCUCAAACGACUAGAGCAGGUACUAUCGAGCUGUCGAAAGCAAUCGAAAAAGGAGUCGACGGGGCGGAAAAGUGGUGAACGUGGCACUGGGACGAACGAAGCUACGGUUCCUCCUUGCGGGAUGAUGAAUGGGAGGUCCGCUUCCGCUACGGCCUUGCAUCAGCUGGGACUGACUGGGAAAGCGUCCAACAAAACACCCCGACCGUGGAAAUGACUAGACUGAGAACGGGACAGUAGGAUUAGGCGUAGAACACGUGUGCCUUUUGAAAAGUUUCAUGUUUUUAAUAGACGGACACAUACAUAGCGUGUUAGUAUGUAUGGUUCUAAUUUGUACAACAUAUUUUACUUACUUUCUUAGCACAAUUCGUUCAGUUCGUUCAAUACACACGAGACAAAGCUGCAAUAAACAGUUGUCCAACGGA